GGUACGGUAGCAUCGUAGUUCGUUGAAGUGGUGCCUGCUCGCGACAGCUGCCCGCACGCGGUGUGUGUUUUCGUUCGUUCGAAACCGUUUCAGUUGCCAGCCAGCCACCGUCAAGAACAAAAUCCUACCGUGUCCGCAGGCCAGUCCGGGUGCAAUUGUUAGGAAGAUAGGGAAAUCAAUAAAGUGAACCGUUUAAUUGGGACACAAAGUAAGGAACAGAAUAUUAAUUCAAAAAUCGUUCGCUCACAGAACAAGAAAAGCGAACAAAAAACCGCUUGUAAUUCCGUCCGUUUCCUGCCCUGGUCAGAAAGUGUAGAUUACAAAAAACAAAAAAUCAAACAAACCAGCAUCACAGAACCCCUCAAGCUUUGCAUUCCUUCUACUGUCGAAUAUCUGUGUGCGUGUGUGUGCGUGCGUCCGUGCGUAUAUGUGUGCCAGCGGUGGUCAUCAAUCAGUAUUAUGUUUAAUUAGUGCGAGGACAGCUGCUCGACGUUGACGGCGCUGGUGCGAAUCUGAAGCGGAAAGCUGAACCUGAACGUGAUCCGAUCUCGUCAAACGCUCGACGAAGAGGAAGCUAAACGCACCCUCAAAAAAAAAAACUCCUCCUACUAAGUGAUACGGGUGAUUUGGUUUUUGAUCGUCACCGUCGUGUCAGUGUGCGUGUGUGUGUUAUCACUUUCAAAACGUUCUGCCAAGUAAAAACAAGCCCACCAAAAAAAAAAAAAAGAAAUAAAGCACAUCCCCAAAACAGUAGACGCAUACCAGCCACGUGGUUUGUUGCAAUGCGCUUUUCGUUGGUGCAUCCGGCCUGGCACGCUGCUGUCUGUUGACCGUGAACCUGAAUUCUGACAUUGAGCAACUCACACUCGAGUGAAACAUUCCACACGCGUAGCAACCCUCGCCAUACGCCAAGCCAGAAGAAGCAACGUGACAGACAGAUGUAUCAACAAAUUACCCAUUCAACUGUGUUCCGGCAUUAACCGAAUCUCAAUCCUUGGAAUCAGCAAGCAGCCACGAGCAUGGACAGUUACCGUUGACGCGGAACGAAGCAACGCAACGAACGCAACAACAAAAACUACAAAAAAAAAAACACGUGUAACACAACGCAAUGCGCUCGGUCGGCACGACGGACGGGGAAGAAACGGCCCGGGACGAAGCGCCAGAAACGGGUGCCAGCGUGCAAGACGCCACGGAUGACCGGUGGCAAUGGAGGCGGCGACGACAACACGAAGAUGACAUAAAUUGGAAAAUGUCAGACCAGCAACAGGUGACACCGGAUCGGGCGGUCGGCACCGAUGGGCCGGCCGACCGGGCGCCAUCGCCCGCCCGGCCCCUCGCCGGCCCCUGCGAUGGGGAGAAUAAUCCAAUUAAAUCGUUGCGACGGCAACGGCGUGUUGAGGGCGCAUCGUGCUCCGGCCCUGCCGUCACAUCAAUCACGCCACCCACAGUGCCGAUUGGUGGCGCAGAUGCGGACACCCGAUGGUCGGCGCGGCUGUUGCAUCAGGGCCAGCCGGCCGUGCUACUCCCCAAGCCGGCCAGUACAGUCGAGCCGAGCGGUGAUAAAAAUAGUCCACCCGCCGGCCAGGACGAUACGGCCAACAACAACAAUCGGGCCGAUGUGGCGCGCGAGCUGGAGGACGCACUGGAGCGGAAGCGCCACAACACGGUGAACGCCCGGCGACGCUGGAAGCUGCUGGCGAAAGCGCUCCGGCACGAUUCGAGCGAGGACGAUCAGUUCGCCAAGUUUAACCUGAUCGAGGCGGACCGGGCCGGGGACGAGAAGGACGAGAACGUGUACGUGUACCGGCUGUACGAUCGGUACCGGCUGAAGAUCCGGCUGAUUGGGCCCGAGCGGCCCUGGACGGCGAGCGAGCUGAUCGGGUUCAACAACACCGGGAACAUCUGCGUGUGGCCGUCGGAGGAAGCGCUCGCCUACUACAUCCUUUCCCGGUUGUCCCAGUUCGAGGGAACGUCGGUGCUGGAGCUGGGCGGUGGUAUGACCUGUCUGGCCGGGCUCGUGCUUGCGAAGUACGGCCAGCCCGCCUUCGUGCACGUGACCGACGGGAACGAGCUGUCGGUGGAGAAUGUGCGCCACUCGCUCGUGCUGAACAAGUUCAACUGCACGAUCAAAUCGUCCGUGCUGAAGUGGGAACAGACGGCCCGGACGGACCGGGAACCUCCGAACGAGCGGUACCACUUCAUCCUGUCCGCCGACUGCCUGUUCUUCGACGAGUCCCGAUCGCAGCUGAUCGACACGAUCUGGCAGCUGCUGGCGGACGAAGGCGUCGCGCUGAUCACGGCCCCGCGCCGCGGUCAAACGCUGGGCCGGUUUCUGGACGAGUGUGUCGCCCGGGGCUUCCACUACGAGCUGCUGCAGUGCUACAACGAAGCGAUCUGGGCGCGGCAUCUCGAGCUGAAGCAGACGGACGGGUACGACGAGAACGUGCACUAUCCGCUGCUGGUGAAGAUGUACAAGUACGGCAAGUGCGGUGGCGGCGGUAGCAUGCUGCACCGGUUGUGAGGCAACCACGUUGCUACACAGUAUUGGUUGGGCUGAGCAGGCUGGGCCCUCGUUCGUUUUCCUCCACUGCAGAUCCUAAUUCCAAAAACACGCACGUGCACAAACACGACGACCAAGCCAAAGAGGUCUUCCAUGUUUUGUUUUUUUCCCCUGUUGUGGCCUGGUCGACCGGGUCUUUAGUUGCUGGGUAGUUGUAAUUUAAUUGUAAGCCUUCUACACUUCCACACACACACACAAACACCAAAGAAAACGGAAGCUUCGAGCACGUGUGCGGAUCAAGUUAAAAGAGGACCAAUAAUGGAUGCACUUAAGCGGGAAAACCGGACCGGACGCAUGGUUGCAGGAGAUGCAUCCAAACACAAACUCAAUUUUCCCACAGCAAGCACGGUAAGUAUUUAUAGUUCCCCAAGCAGUGGCGUUCGAUUUUCAUAGAUCAUGCGGAGCGGAUGCUUCGUUGUGUCCGUUAGUAAAAAGCGUUCUAAAACCAAGCAAAGUGGUGCCACCAAAGAGCGAAGGCGAAAUUUGCCAAAAACAGCGUUGCGAGAGAGAGAGAGAGAGAGAGAGAGAGAGAGAGAGAGAGAGAGAGAGAGAGAGAGAGAGAGAGAGAGAGAGAGAGAGAGAGGAAGAGCAUUGGAGCGAUUCAAAAGUAUUCAACCUUAGAAUGGGGUGUAGACCGGACAUGCGGAUACAUCCUUUAUGUGAUAGGGUAGGGAAGUGGAAAACCAUUGGAAUAGAUAAGGGAUGGGAGAGGUGAGAAGAAAAAACAAAGCCAAGCAAGCCUAAAUUAGCUCUAGUCUACACAA